CGGUGAUCGUUUCGCAGUAAUGAUGAUGGUUUCAUAAUUUCUUUUUCUGCAUAGCUCGACAUUGUUUGAUGAGACUAAGCAUUGGUAGCUAAUCAAACAGACGAGAAAGCUGUGUUGACAUUUCCCUGGUCCAAGGUCUGCCAUGAAUGCCUCAUAUAUUUUGAGAAGUUUAGCCGCUCGAAGUUUUGCCGGACUCGGUCAGUCUGGAUCGCUCCGACGCGAGGCAGUGUGUCUCGUAUCCCGAAAAAUGUCCCAGAGACAAGCAGACCACUUGGAAAGAACGGCAGAUAUUUUCAGGCAGAUGGCACUGUUUCCAGCACGGGUGUGUGGCAUUAAGAACGAGUCGGCGACAAUCAAAAGACUGCGACUGGAAAUCCCACAUCCUGACUUCAGCUUUCGAGCAGGACAGUGGGUGGAUUUCUUCAUUCCUGGGAUGGAGAAGGUGGGAGGGUUCUCCAUCUGCUCCAGCCCAGGCCUGUUACAGAGAGAGAGAGUGAUAGAGCUUGCCAUCAAAUACACAGAGCACCCACCAGCACACUGGGUGCACACCAGGUGUUCGGUUGGCUCUCGUGUUGCGGUGAGGGUGGGGGGUAAUUUUUAUUUUGACCCCCGUCCAUCUGACCCUGCAGUAGACCUGUUGCUGGUGGGUGGAGGAGUGGGCAUUAAUCCUCUUUACUCCAUCCUACUUCACACUGCAGACCUGCUUCAGCUCCAACAGGGACAUACACCUGGACGCACACACCUCUGCUACAGUGCCAAAACCACGCACGAGUUGCUUUUUAAGAAUACCAUUAUUGACAUCCGCCGUGAAUUUCCUGAUAAAUUCUCCUGCAAGUUCCACGUUACUAAGCAGAGCACUGACAUAGAGCAGGAACUGCAGCCAUAUACCAGCCGAGGAAGAAUAUCAGAGGAGGUGCUGCGGCCAUAUGUGGACCUUGAGCGAACUCUGUGUUUCCUGUGUGGACCCCCACCAAUGAUUGAGAGCGUUUCUGAAGCCUUGCGUGGCUUUGGCCUAUCAGACGACAGAAUUCUGUUUGAGAAGUGGUGGUAACUCCGGCUGUCUACAGGCUCCGCGCACUUCACUCAGUGAUUCACAACCCCUUGCGACUUUGUGACAGACUACAGUGUGAGAGGACCUAUAAGGAUGGUAAAGCCAUUGUGACGCACAAUUCGGCAUAUCCUGUUCACAAUUUACCUGAACACACACCUGGACUGUGUUCCAUGAGUCCAAUCACCCUGAGGGGACACGUGAUCAAAGGAGCUCCGUUUAAACCGUCUGUCUCCGCUCAGGCUGGUCUCCAUUUAAACCGUUUAAACCGUCUGUCUCUGCUCAGCCUGGUCUGCGUUUAAACCGUUUAAACCGUCUGUCUCCGCUCAGGCUGGUCUCCAUUUAAACCGUUUAAACCGUCUGUCUCUGCUCAGCCUGGUCUGCGUUUAAACCGUUUAAACCAUCUGUCUCCGCUCAGGCUGGUCUCCGUUUAAACCGUUUAAACCGUCUGUCUCCGCUCAGGCUGGUCUCCAUUUAAACCGUUUAAACCGUCUGUCUCUGCUCAGCCUGGUCUGCGUUUAAACCGUUUAAACCAUCUGUCUCUGCUCAGGCUGGUCUCCGUUUAAACCGUUUAAACCGUCUGUCUCUGCUCAGCCUGGUCUGCGUUUAAACCGUUUAAACCGUCUGUCUCUGCUCAGCCUGGUCUGCGUUUAAACCGUUUAAACCGUCUGUCUCUGCUCAGCCUGGUCUGCGUUUAAACCGUUUAAACCGUCUGUCUCUGCUCAGCCUGGUCUCCUCACUGCAGUUACUUUUCCUCUUAUUGUCCCCAGACUGAAGGUCUCCACAGGUCUGUCUGAACAGCUCUAUCCAGAGCUGCAGUUAAUAGUUUCUGUUCAUUUUUUCUGACAUUAAGGUCUGUACAUAUAUUACAUACGGCGUACUUGAGAAAACUGUCUGGAUACCUAACAGUGGAGUUUUUAAAACAACAGAGUAUUGGCUUGAUCAUUUGUUUUAUUUGUUUGUCAGAAUUCUGUACAGCACUGGUCACAUGACCGAAGAGUCAGCCCCUCUCGUUAGCGCUGGCUCCCAGGCAACACUGAAAUCCCCCCUGACGGUGGAAAUGGUUUGGCUGAUGAUUUAAAUAAAUUCUGACAGAAAACAGA